UGGAAUGGGUUAAUAGAUGUCCCGUAACUGACUGCUGUAAACGUCUGAGGAAAUCGUCGGAGAAAUCCUACGGAUAAAAUUCCUUCAAAUUCCGAGCCAUCAACUUCCAAGGGAAAUCCCUGCAUAGACGCCAUCCAGACUCCAAGGGGUGUGGCUAGGCCAAAUCCGCACAAAUUACCGUCAAUUACCAGCAAAUAAUCACGCUGGAUUAGGCCUGCAGUCUCUGCGCGCAUGUAACGCUGUACGCUAUUGGUCGAUUCAGUGGCAUGGUUGUCGGUGAAACAUGGCAGAGGUUCAAAUGACGGCUUUCAUUGACUUUUAUGUGACGUAGUGUUGAUGGCAGUGGGGGAAGAAGUGAAAGGCCAUUCUAGCAGUCCAGUCUGGGCUUUAGAUACGUAAAUGGCGAGUGUAUUUCUCACAGAGAUAGAGUAGAUGACAGAGACGAAUGAAGAGAAGGAGCCCACGCAUCAUGCCGUGCUGUGCUGCAUGUUAAAUACGAGCUCAGGUUGGUUACAGCAGAACUCGUCCUGCCAGUGACAGAUUGCAGCACUAACACUCCAGUGCCGGGAGUUACACACCACACACUCUUCAAACCUGGACCAUCAUCAGCUUGGGACGGGCUAGAGCCGGGCACGAGUCAGUUUCAUCCUUCAUUCCAUCAUUAUAAAUUGCAUUUUAUCACUCGGACUUAACGUACCAGUUCACGCACGCCGGCAUAGCGUGCUAGCAGAGGCGUCCCAAUGCGUUUCGAAGAACUCGAGUACUGCGCACCGCCCCAGUCGUAUCCUCCUACCAACGGGUCCUGCAGCCCCAUCUCCAGCACAACCACCACCCCCGGGGACAACAUGAUGGCCGCACAGUCCAAACUACUCUUCCAACUCAAUAAAUACUACAACGAGCGGGUGCAGUCGCGGAAGGGAGCCACGACUAAGACGGUCCGUGAGGUGUGUAAAGUUGUGCAAGAUGUACUGAAGGAGGUGGAGGUGCAGGAGCCACGCUUCAUCAGUUCCCUCAGUGAAGUGAACGGUCGCUUCGAGGGUCUGGAGGUGCUGUCACCCACCGAGUUCGAAGUGGUGCUCUACCUCAACCAGAUGGGGGUGUUCAACUUCGUUGACGACGGGACGGUCCCAGGGUGCGCGGUCCUCAAACUCAGCGACGGCAGGAAGCGCUCUAUGUCGCUCUGGGUGGAGUUUAUCACGGCCUCUGGGUAUCUCUCAGCCAGGAAAAUACGCUCACGUUUUCAGACUUUGGUCGCACAGGCUGUUGACAAGUGCGCCUACAGGGACUGUGUCAAAAUGGUAGCAGAUACCACAGAGGUGAAGUUACGAAUAAGAGACCGUUUUGUUGUUCAGAUCACCACGGCAUUUCGGUGUGCCGGUAUAUGGCCCCGCAGUGCGGCGCACUGGCCCAUCCCACACAUCCCCUGGCCCAACCCCAACCUGGUGGCGGAGGUGAAAACGGAGGGGUUUGACCUUCUCUCCAAGGAAAGUAUCUACAUGAAGGAUAAACAGUCCUCAGCGGAAGGGGACGCUUGGGUUUUGUCAUUUAACCAGGCAGAGAACAAGUUGCUCCGGGGUGGCAGUCGUAAGAGGUGUCUGAGUAUUCUGAAGACACUACGAGACAGGCAUCUGGACAUCCCAGGCCAGCCCGUGUGUAACUAUAACCUCAAGACUCUGCUUUUGUAUGAAUGUGAAAAACACCCCCGGGAGCUAGAAUGGGACGAAACGUGCAUUGGUGACAGGAUUAACGGCAUACUGCUGCAGCUCAUCUCCUGUCUUCAGAACCGCCGCUGCCCGCACUACUUCCUUCCCCACCUCGACCUCUUCAAGGGAAAAUCCCCCUCUGCCAUGGAUACAGCCGCUAAACAAGUGUGGAGAAUUCUACGAGAACUUUUAACCAAUUCUAGGAGCUUAGAAAAAUUGUAACUAAUAGCAGUCGCCGUCACUUUUUCAAAGUAAACUAACAGAAAAUCGUGCGUAAUUUUUUAUUAGUUUUUCAAGAAACUGGCAUCUUCGGGAAUUUUGAAAUGUUGCAACUUACUAAGAAAGUCGGAUUACUUACAAUAACGUUCUCAUUCAUGGAAACAUGGUAUAAAUACAAACAAGACUCCCAACUUCAUUUUCCGGUGAUCAACGACAUCGUAAGUAUUGGACAAGGCGAUUGGCACUCAUAUAAACAUAUUUAUUUACCGGUGUAGUUAUCAACCUUCUAAUUGUACUGGAAAAGCCGAUGCAGCAUUAUGAAUAAUUUAUUCUACUCCCAUCACCUAUAUUAUUUACUUAAAGACAACUUCGUGUUAUUAUUACCGAAGAGGAAGAAAAUGUCAGUUCUUCGUGACAAGUAAGUAAUGUCACUCCUCGUGUCCUCGACAUUUUCUAUCAAUUAUUACGGAAACCACGACGGUGUUGUUGCGGCGUCCAUUUAACUAAACAUAAAUGUCAAAGUUCUCUUAUCUAAGUGGACUGCGUCAUUCCUAACAUUAGAAAACUUUCAGUGACAACAAAGCUUCGGAACAGCUGAACAUGAUGUUAUUACUUGGUGUGGAAUACAGCACUUAUGGAAUAUUAUUACAGAUAGUUUAGAGAUCCCUUCUUAAGUCUCUGAACCGCCACUACAGGACAACGCAUGUCCCACAAAAUUGGCCAGUAAGUGACUUUUCUACUAACGAUAAGUGCUAGUAGCAAUUCCUAUCUAAUCUGCCGGCAAAUGGUUGAUGAUAGGAAGGAGGGGCAACAGGCCUUUGUCAGAGCAUUGGUUUGCGUAAUGCGUUCCGCGCCUCACGUCCCCCAUGACAGAGGCCAUGAAGAAUUUUUGAAAGGAGUUUGAUUCUAUUUUCAUCUCAGACUGAGCGACAAGCCAGGGAGUGUCGUGUUGUAAUAUAGUCUCACGUACGAAAAACUAAAAAGUUGUCGGAAUCCCGUGUACUAAAAGCCAAUUGCCCUUCAUUCCAACAUCGCUUUCUUUAUGUCCAUUCGCCUACAAUGCCAUUCGUAUUAAUGGACUAUGUUAUGUUGAUAGUUUUAAUUUUGUCCAUUUUAAUUUAGAUAUAUCAAAAAUGCCUGUAUGCGUUGAUCCCAGGGUCACAUAGAAUUCAGCGUGCCGAAGUCACUUAUUCACGAAGAUGCCAUACAAUAAUUGAUAUUUUAUGUAGCGGGCCCAGUCCAUCCCACCUUAGACUGAACCCAUGAAUUCCAUUAAGAUAAUGAUAUGAUAACUGGAGAUAAGGCCAACCAAGACGUACACCUGGCUCCCCUUAAGAUUUUUAAAUUUUUGGAAUUUAAUACUUGGCUCUCCUUUUAGUAUGCGUUUUGUGUUGAAAAGAAGAAGCAUGUGUGUAAUUUAUUAUUUUUCCAAAAGAAAAAAUAUCACAUUUUAAGAUUGUUGUCACUUUGUUUUAAAUAUCAUCAUAUCAUAAUUGCUCUAUUUUAUUCAUUUAUUUAUCUGUCAUUACUAUUUUGUUAACCGGUCGUGUAAGAUACUUUGAUUCUACACAUGUUAAAUGUAGGAGAAUUCUCCAAAGCAUAUUAAACGUGCCUGGCAAGUAUGGCACUUAGGCUUUGUAUGUACAACUUAAGAAAAGCACAGAGCAUUUGUGUAAAAAAAUUACUCUCAAUUUUCAGCAUUAUGUUUUAUGUUGUUCGUGUUUGGCGCUUCUAUGUGAAUGUAAAUAAUAAAGCGGUAAGCUCUUUCUUGGUAUUCUAA